GAAAAGUCAAUCUGCAAUUGGAGUUAGGAGCUAGUAUACCCAAGCGAAUCAUGACCGAGGAAAGUUCCCAGAGCCAAACCGAAAGUGAGAGCGAUGAGGAACCGAAACCAGCAAAGGAACCGAAACCGGAAAAGGAAGAGGAACAGGAACAGGAACCGGAACAGGAACAGGACCCGGAACCGGAUGUGGAGCAGGCCAGGAUCAGCGACUCCUCGGAGGAUCUGAGCAGCAAGGAGUGGCUGAGCCUGCACGGAUUUCCACCUGGCAGCGAUGAGCAAUUACUGCCCAUUUUCUCGCGCUUCUGCUCAAUAAACUCGCAUCGCAAGAGUGAGCAUGGUCUGGAGCUGCGAUUCGCAUCCGCGGAGCAACUGCAGCUGGGCGUGCUGAUGGCCAAGCGCCUGGUGGUGGGCAACAUGCAGAUCCACUGGCACGUGGGCCGCAUGGAGGACGAUCCCUCCAUCAAUCCCGAUCCAUCCGGGGAGCGCAGUACCACCGGUGAACUGGGCGUUUUGGGUAAAUUACGAAGGGCGUUCGCCAACUACUUUCGCUAACUUUACCAUUCACAAUUUACCUUCAACUUUAAAAACAAUAAAACAGCUUAAUGGCAAUCCUAAUGUUAGGGAUUAUGCUUAAAAUACGUAUAAAAUCUUAUAAUUAGCAAGUCCCACGUUAAUUGCCUUGAAAAAUCAAGAUGUUACACAAUAGGGGUCCUUGGGGAAAUGGUUCCCUGUGGUGAAAUGAAAACGCGUCCCUUGGCAAUCGCCAUUCGAGGGCAGUGAAAAUUGAAUGUGAUUUCCACCCACAUAAUCC